GUUCCGAGCGGCGGUGGGGGGAAAUAGGGUGGCUGUGGGGUUGGGCUCAGAGGGUCCCGGGGACGCGGCAUGGAGCUGGGUUGGCUGCUAUGGGGUGCGGCGGUGCUUCUGCUGCUGCACCUCCUGAUGGAGCUCAGCCCGGCUGUGAACUUCGCGUUGCGCAUCGGUUUUUACUACGUGUUGUGCAUCGUCUGCUCCGGGCUCACCGCCCCCGUCUGCCUCCUCGUCAACGGCGGCCGCACCGUCAAGAACAUGAGGAUCAUCAAAACCGUGGUCAAAUCCUUCAAGUAUUUCUUCGGCCUGAGGUUUGAGGUGAAAGGACUGGAGAACUUUGAGGUGGAAGGCCCCGCCAUCAUUGUGUCCAACCACCAGAGCAUCCUCGACAUGAUGGGGCUGAUGGAGGUCCUGCCCGACGGCUGUGUCCAGGUGGGCAAGAAGGAGCUGAUGUACGCCGGCACGGUGGGACUCAUCACCUACCUCGGGGGUGUCAUCUUCAUCAACAGGAAGAGCACCACCAGUGCCAAGAUGGUGAUGGCGGAGGUGGCCAAGACUAUGAUAGCUGAUAACGUGAAGGUGUGGGUGUACCCUGAGGGCACGAGGAACUGCACGGGGGAUUUGCUGCCAUUCAAGAAAGGAGCAUUUCAUCUCGCUGUCCAGGCACAGGUCCCGGUGAUCCCCGUGGUGUAUUCCUCCUUCACCACUUUCUACAACCCGAAGAAGAAUCUGUUUACAUCAGGCAAAAUCAAGGUCGAGGUUCUCCCGCCAAUAGAAACCAAAGGGCUGACAUCAGACGACGUCUCUGACCUCACUGACAGAUGCUACAACAUCAUGAGGGAGACCCUCUUCAGGCUGUCGGGCCGCCCAGGCGAGGGGAAGGAUUCCUCCUAGGUGCUGCUCCAGCGGCGUCACCGUGUGGCGGUGGCCGAAGGGACCCAUCUGCUGCCAAACACCAAAGGAACAUCUCUUCCUCUGCAAUGACUUGGAACUCUGGGGAUGCUGUGGACUGGCACAAGAAGCGUGUCGAGCCAGCAGUGAGGCUCCCUGUUGAGUGGAUUUCUCUUAAGGGUUCAUUAUCUUGCAAUGAAACGUCUCCUCUUUCUGUAUUUCUCAGGCACCAAACGUACGCUACCAAAGGGCUCAAUGACCAGAGAGGUGAGUUCUCCAGCUCAGGCAGCUGCCGUGGGGCAGUGAGGAGGGCCUGGUAGGAGGCUGGGCUCUGCCCUGUUCCUGCUGGCUGUUAGGUGCUGCCCCAGAUGGAAAGCCAGCAGGCAGCAGCAUGUCCCAGUCUUGAUGCUGAGAACUGGGAGAAAAAAAUCCAAACUCUGGCUGUCCAGCAGCACAGCCCUGUGUUCGGUGCUGUGCCCUGCAAUGUACUUCUGCCAGCAUCCCCAGGCAGAGCACUGAGGCCUUUUCCUGAGAGAUGCCCUUGGAUCUUAGCAGCAUCUGGUGCUGGGGCUCUGCAUUGCCCAGGCAUUCCCAAGCCAAGCCUUCCCCCUUUGAGGAAAGCUCCUAGGGCCAAUAACUGAGCUGAAAAAGGGGGAUGCAUGGGGCCAGUCAGCCUUGAGCCUUUCCUAAAGCCCAGCUUCUCCUCAUUAGAACAAGUGCUUAAGUGCUUUCCCUCAUAGAGGGGUGCAGAGGGAAGCUGUCGUCUCACUGAGGCAGUGCACGCUGCCUGGGUGAGUUUGGCUGUGCUGUUUGUUUGACCUCCUUGCAUCAAUUAUCCUGGUGCCUGGAGUACUUGGUGCAGAUGCAGAGGGCUCUGUCACGCUCAUCUUGUCAUGGUCAGCGCUGGCCGAAAGAUGGUGCCUGUCCCAUGUCUCUGUGCUGAUCUCAGUGGAGCUGCUGCUCUGCAGGAGUUGCAAAACUUGUGGGGAGUCUACAGGCUGUGUGAG